UUCCACCACUAUAUCCUCGUUUCUCUCCUUCUUCUGGAGAUCAGCAGACGACCCUCUCUCUCUCUCUCUCUCGCUUGCAAGCUCGAACUGCUCGCCAUGGCCGGAUCCUCCAGAUCUGCGAUGGGUUCCCCGUGAGGAUCAAGAUUCGUUCUUUAUUCGGCGGUGAUAGGAAUUCUUGGCGGCUCUGUUGCGAAUUUCGAUUCGGCUGCGAAUUCGGUUCGUGCCCGAUUGGUUUUUCGGGUCUUUCUGUGGGAAUUGCGAACUGGGUCGUUGUUAGAAUGGACGAACAAUCGCAAAAGAGGAAGCUUCGGGACGUGGAUUGCGAGCAGUCGUCUUCGAGCGGCGAUCCGGUUCUGUGCGCGAACGACUGCGGUUUCUUCGGGAACCCAAGUACCAAUAACCUCUGUUCUAGAUGUUACUAUGAGCAUCUGCUGAAGCAACCGAAGGAUGCUGUGGAUUCGACGGCAGCUGGUUCGGAAGGAGCUGGCGUCGGUGGUGGCGAUGCUGGGGAUGGUUCUUGUUGUGUCGAGGAGGCACCAGCUGGAGAUGUAGCUAACUGGGUGGAAGCGGCAGCUAUCUCGGAGAAGCAGGAGACAACGCCGGCUGAUCAUUCCAGUCAGCCUUCUUCGAGCAAUCCGGUUCUUUGCGCGAAUAGUUGUGGAUUCUUUGGGAAUCCUACCACCAAUAACCUCUGCUCCAAAUGUCACUGUGAGUAUCUUUUGAAGCAAUCGAAGGAGUCUAGUGGUUCUGCUGCUGUGGCAGAAGACACCAAGGAUGUUGGGGCUGUGGAUGGUUCUAGUCAUGCCAAGGAGACACCGGUGGCAGCCAUGGCUAAUCGAGUGGAACAGGUGGCAGCAUUGGAGAAUCAGGAGAUGAGGCCUGUGAACCGCUGUGGUUUCUGUACGAAGCGGGUCGGCCUGACAGGUUUCAAGUGCAAGUGUGGGGAGACGUUCUGCUCUGUCCAUCGAUAUUCCGAAAAGCACGACUGCGUGUUUAAUUACAAGACUGCAGGCAGGGAUGCUAUCGCUAAGGCAAACCCCGUUGUGAAGGCUGAUAAGAUUGAGAAGAUAUGACGGGCAUGGCAAGGUAUUGCAGUGCCAUUAAGUGAUACACCUGUCGCCUCCCGUGUGAGCUGAAGUCAAUUUAGUCAAAAAAUUAGGAAUUGAAAUCUAUUUAAUUUAUGCAUUAGGAAAUAAGAUAUUAUGUUCGUGAGUAUUUUCAAGUCUUAUGUAUAGUUUGGUUUAUUUUCUUGAUGUCACAAUGUAUCUACUGGAUAAUUUCAUUCCAAGUUUAUGUGUAGUGUUCUUUUCCUAAAUUUAGCUCAUGGUUUGCCGAGUUGUGAGGUUGCAAAUUCUUGAUACAAGUUUUCCAGUAGAUUUAGAUUUGUUAUAAUACAUUUAGUGGAACCUUGGUAAGGAUUGGGAAACAUUGUAGGA